GCUAGUUGAACGCACACAUGACCUCCCUCCGUUUCAACCUCUCCCCCCACUGCGACACCCUGUGGCCUCUGCCUAUACACACAAACUCCUCCAUUUCCAUUGAAACUACACCUUAAUACCGCGCGGCUUUGCCCAGAACCCCUGCUUGACCACUCCCACACUCACUCGACAACGAAAGACUGGCAUUUAGACCUAGGACAUCCUCAGCUUGACAUCAGACAUGUCUUCUCUACACGACGGAUCUCAUGUGCCCAACGCUGCGCCUCCUAUGGCUGCUUUACCACCGCCGCAAUUGACUCCAGCUAUGUUGCCUGGUGCGCUGCCUACGAUCGACGAGAUGACGCCGAUGCAGGUGGACAGGAGCUGGACGAACAAUGCUAGCGGUUUCGGAGUGGGAGGGCAAGGUACUCCGGGACAGAGUGCUGCUCCCGGUUUGCUCCCAGCUUUUGGCAUGCACGAGGCAGCGCAUCUGCCCACACCGCAAAGCCCCAGCAACGCUGCCUUUUCCAUCCCUGUGAUGCAAUUCCCGUUAGGAUCGCCCAUGCCCCAGCGGACGAUGUCCCAGCCACAGCAGCAGUUUUCCGUCAUCGCAGAUCCUGCCACGUUACAAAAUCGUAUCCUAUUACAAAGCAGCAUGACAGACUCACAGGCGUUCAUGACCCCGGAAUCGAGCCCCGUUUACCCUCGGAGACCAGCUCGAUUGCAAGCCGAAUCUUCCCAUCCUGGCAACACCGCAUCUCUCCUCUCCUCUCCGUUCGCUCCUCGUCUGAUCAGCCAGAUGAGUGAAUCUCAAGCACGUUCCAGUCAGCCCAGAACUGCCAAAGAAUUGCCCAUGAGCGCCCUCAGCGACCCCCUUACCCUCUCGCCGCCCCUAUCGCGCGGUAUCACGCCCUCCUCGAACCUCGGCUCGCCGUUCGGCGGUCAUCGUCCCUCCCUCACUGAUCGGUCACAGUCGAAGGCACACACACCGGCACGUUCCCACGCGCCCACGCCUGUGCCUCACGCACUCGCGCAGUUCAGCGAAGGCGCCUCCCCGGCGACGCGUUCGCACACGCCACCACCGCUCUCUGCUCCUAUUCCACAGCGUCCUUUGGGGGGCGAGAUCGAGCGCAUCAAGGCGCAGAUGGCCGCCGAGCAGGCGACGCGAUUGACCGAGACGGAGGCGCGCCGGCCUGACUAUCUCAUCAGGACGCAGCGUCCCAGCUCAGGACAGAUCAUCGAGCCCCUUGAGCUGGAGGAGCCUGAAGGUCAUUCUGCCCUCGGCGUCACAGUCACUCCGAUGAGAGGUCGACGUAUCCAGCUGUUCCAGGAGACAUCCGAGGAGAGCUUCGAGCAGAGCCUCCUAGCGGGUGGGUAUCCCGGAUAUGGCUCUACACCAACGGACCCCCAGACACCAGGGACCACGAAGCCGAACAACGGCCUCUCGCAACGUGCACUGCAGUGGCUCCAGCAGGCGACCCCUGGUCAGCCUGGCCCGUCAAACGCACCCGUGGAGGCUGAGGACUGGAUCCCAAGCGAGAAAGAGAUCCGCAAGCGCAAGCGACUCGCUGCCUUCGAAGACGACAAUGACCCGAACGCACACGCCUCCAAACUCCACCCUGUAGAGGUCGAGGGCAAAGGUCGUGUGCUCAUCAACGUAGCGCCCGAGGAGUUACCUCCAGACGUCCAAUCACAGUUGCAGACCCCAACCAAGAAGCGUGCUACCCCACGCCGCAGGAGACGAGGACAUCGACGUGGGCGCGGCGGUUCUCCUGGUUACGACGACGAGCUCGACGCUCCGAACUGGAUCGACACGAAUUUCCCCUGGUGCACACGGCUCCAGGAGCGCAAAGAGUUGCAGCGUAUGGCCAAGGAAGAGCGGCUCAAGUGGGUCGAGAGUUACCUUGACCGUGACAGCGGGAGCGACAGUGAAGACGAGGGUGGUCACGAUGACCAGACUCUGCAGCCGGCUUUGGACCCUCAUGACGAUGAUGAGGUCUACCCAAUCAGACGAGGCCGAGGCAAGAUGGUCCCGCUGAAGGCGAACCCAGACGCACGAGUCAUGGAUGCUCGCGCGCGCAAGAACGUCCUCAUACCGAGUGAUCCUGCCGAUGCGAGGGCUGCGCUCCUGUCUAAGCGGUCGGUGCGGGCGCUUGCUGAGCGCAGGCGGAAGAGGGAAGAGGAUGAGGAGAGUUCCGACGAGGUCAACUGUCCUUGCGGCCGGGGUGAAAAUGGAAGGCCCUGUGUCCAGUGUGACGACUGCAAGUGCUGGUUUCACCUGAAGUGCAUGGGUAUUAGGUCGGAAGCUGAGCUAGGUGGUGAUGAUGAUCCGUGGUACUGCCCAGAUUGCCUUGGGGUCAUCCCGUCCGACCCAUCCUCGGAGCCCACCUUCGUACCCACCGACAGUGAGUUGUCAAGAGAUGGUAUCCACGACCCACUCCUGUACCAGGGUUCGCCGAGGACGCCAUAUACUGCCCAUCGCGAUCCCAAGACGCCAACGCAGACACGCGAGCGCGGCGAGGUGUACGAGUCGCGGUCGUCGUGGAACUCCAGCGGCUCCGGCCCCGUAACACCCCUUUCGACCGAGCGUGAUGUUGGGGUGUACAGGACCCCUACGUUCGACUCGCCGUUCAACCCGUCGAACACUCCAUCGCGCGGCGGCAAAUUCAGCGGGCCUUUCAACACGCCCUGGCUGGACGCGGAGGACAUGCGCUGGCAUAUGACCCCGCGCCAACGAUCUAUCUUCAAGACGGGAGGGGUCCACGAGCUGGUUGGAGAUGCGCAUCGCGAAGUCACGCUUUCGGCCUACAAUUCGGCUCGGAGCCUCGAACCUCUCGAUGAUACGCCCGUCCUGCGCAAUAUGUCCAGGGAAGAUAUGACCAUGGUGAGCAGAAGACUCUGGGGCUCACCUAUUUCUGGUUCCCCGCGAGGCUCCCUUCGCCGCACGUCACUGCAAGAUGGUUCUGCUCUUCGAGAUUCCAAAGCCUCUUGAGCAUUGGGAGAUGUCCGACGCGUCCUCGCCCGCCCUGUAUGUAUCAUGAACCUAGUUUACCUGCAGUUGUAGUAGCGUGAUGAAAUGAUGCCUCUGAAGUAUGCUUAGUGUAUAGCCUAUUAUGACAUCAGAUAUAUGGUACGUACGCGUAGUAUGCCCUUGUUACUCCGGACCCGGACUUCCUGUACGCAUCCUGCUGCAAAGAAUUGUGCUUAUUAGUUCAGCGAAAGCGAGUCUCUGU